UUGCAUCUCUAAGGGCGGCACGUUUCUACCGUUACCACACGGCUAAAGUUCGCACGGUACGUCCGUAUGCGUUUAGUGUGGCUUGGAUUUUGUUCGUGGAGGUAAGCUAAACUUACCACAGCAAGAGGCUUUUGAAGGCUAUAGUCGUUUCUAGGGACACUCUAGCAUAAAAUGGCGUCUUGCUUCCAAGAUGUUCCGUGGAAAAUCUACUUGAGUCGGAUGAUUUCAGCUUGGGGCGAUCGCAUGUGGAUGUUUGCCGUCGGCUUGUUCAUGAUAGAGCUGUCACCAGGAUCGCUAAAAUGGCCGGCUAUUUACGGUCUGACGCAGUCUCUUGCCGUCGUUUUUACGGGUUCUGUAAUCGGUCGCUGGGUCGAUCGCUCACCUCGAUGGAAAGCCGCUCGGGUAUCUCUGUCAGUGCAAAAUCUGCUGGUGGUCACCUGUUCUGUCUGCGUUGCGGUAACAUUCUACUUCAAAGAAACACUUGUAGCAGAAGUUGACGGGUGGGGUCUAACGGCCGCUUGCAGUGUUAUAGUCAUUUUGGGUACCUUGGCACAUUUGGCUUCCGUAGGUUCAUCAAUUGUCGUUUACAAAGACUGGAUUGCCAUUAUUGCGGAAGGAGAUAGUCAAACACUGGCACGUAUGAAUUCUACCUGUCGCUCGAUUGAUUUGGCUACCAACAUGAUCGCUCCCAUAGCGGUUGGACAGGUCAUGUAUUUCCUUUCGCACAUCGUAGCAGCUGUCACAAUCGCUUCGUGGAAUGUUUUGUCCUUUUUCAUUGAGUACUUUUUGUGGUGGAGAAUUUACAAGGAGUUUCCUAAUUUGGCUGUAAAGACUUCAACCAGUGAAAAGCAACCACUACAAGUUUUAGAAUCGGGUGAGAAAGAUUUAAAACCAGGAGAUCAGCCGACAGCCGAUGACGCAAAUGUUAAAAUAGAAUCCGGGAAUGGCUUUUUCGCGAAACGCUUGGGAGGAUUCCUAAAGAGUUGGAAAAUUUACUUUAGUCAUGAAGUGCGAAACGCCGGAAUCGGAUUGGCUUGUCUCUACAUGACAGUGCUCGGCUUUGAUUCCAUCACCAUGGGCUAUGCGUAUUCGCAAGGCGUUCCAGAAAGUAUCUUGGGUAUCCUACUUGCGGUGGGAGCUGCAGUAGGUCUUCUGGGAAGUGUCGUUUUCCCUUUCCUCGUUCGUUGCAUGGGCGUCGAACGAACAGGAUUGUAUGGAUUUUCCCUAGAAGUAGCCUGUCUCACGUUGUGCGUUGCUUCUGUCUGGGCACCUGGAACACCUUUUGAUCUUGCUUCUGUAUCGGUGUCUUCAAUCGCCGAUCCGUUUGCCUUUAAUAAUUCCAGUACAAAUUCAACCGGAUCCUAUGAAAAUAGCCCCGAGUCCUACACUUCUGUUAUCCUUUUGUUGACUGGCAUCAUUUUAGCUCGAUUUGGCUUGUGGGUAGCUGAUUUGAGCGUCAAUCAGCUAUUGCAGGAAGUGGAUGACCAAAUUCGUGGAACAAUCAACGGAGUACAAAGCUCAAUGAAUAUGAUUUUUGACACAGCCAAAUUUCUUCUAGUCAUCGCUUGUCCUUGGCCACAGACAUUUGGCAUUCUCGUCUGUAUCUCCUUCUCGGCUGUCUUUUCAGGAUGGGGUUUCUUCGCUUCAUAUUCCUUCAUGAAGCGCGGACAUUUGCUACCAUUCCAUAAAGUUGUUAACAACAUUCCACCGGAAGAAAUUCAUCAAAUCAAAAUGGUAGUAAAAAAUCCUAAAAAGGACGAGGAUGAGGUGGUCCGUCAGAAUAUUCCAUCGACACCAGACAUGUAGCGGGAAAGCAGCUCUUUUAAAUAUAUGUCGAACAACAGCAAGUUUUUAUACCACUUUAUUCUAUCUGUAUGUAACCCUUACUUUUAAAAUAUUAUAUCAAUACAAACCUAGUAUGACUGUC